AUGUUGGACUCCAUGAGUUGUUCCCGCUUCCCCAAGGGACAUGAACUCCCCCAGCACACUAGCUCAUUUGGGGGUUGCUGUUAUGGGGUAUCAAGUUUUCAUGGAUAUUUCUGUGGUACUCGUUCUUCGCGUAAGCAGGCAAGACAUGUGAAGUUUAAUGCAGUCAGAUGCAGGAUAAGUGAUUACUCUUUCACUUCUUCAACCAGAGCCCUUGAAAGCAAAGCCUUGUUUACUUCAUCAGUACCGAUAAGAGGAGGAUUGUACCUAUUUAAACACAAAUUGAACCAUACUCGGAUAUCUUCAAACAUCGAGGUUGCUGGUGCCGUAGAAGUCAUCAAUGAUCUGGGGUUGGAUACAUUGACUUUCUUGGCUGUGACUGUUAUUGUUGUCCCUGCGUUCAGGUUCAUUAAAGCUAGCCCAAUACUUGGCUUCUUCUUUGCUGGCGUCGUACUGAAUCAGUUUGGCUUCAUCCGGAAUCUGACUGAUGUUAAGGUUCUGUCAGAAUGGGGAAUUCUGUUCCUGCUGUUUGAAAUGGGCUUGGAGCUCUCACUUGCCCGACUAAAAGCCCUUGCAAAAUUUGCCUUUGGCAUGGGAUUGACUCAGGUUGUGUUAUCCACUCUUGCUUUUACAGCAUUUGAGCUUCCACCUAAUGGGGCUAUUGGAACGAGAAUUUUGGAGUUCCUAUUUCACUCAAGGUCUGACUUGGUGAAUAUUAGAAGCAUUGAUGAGGCCAUUGUUAUCGGUGCAGCUCUCUCUCUGUCGUCUUCUGCUUUUGUUCUUCAGCUUCUUGCAGAGAAGGGUGAGCUUCCUACAAGAUUCGGUUCAGCAACUUUGGGGAUACUUCUGUUUCAGGAUAUAGCUGUUGUUCCCCUCUUAGUCGUACUUCCUAUCCUAGAGAGCCAGACUCUAGUCGGGGAAAGUGUCUUGCCCAUGCUUAUUAAUGAAAGUUUGAAGGCUUUACUUGGACUGGGAGUGCUGUCUCUUGGGGGAAAAUACCUUCUAAGGCGAGUUUUUGAGGUUGUUGCAGAAGCAAGGAGCUCAGAGGCUUUUGUUGCUCUCUGCCUGCUGACAGUUGCUGGGACUUCUCUCAUCACCCAGAAGUUAGGCUUCAGUGACACGCUUGGAGCAUUUUUAGCCGGGGCUAUUUUGGCAGAAACAAAUUUCCGUACACAGAUUGAAGCUGAUAUAAGGCCAUUUAGGGGGUUACUUCUUGGAUUAUUUUUUGUGACUACAGGAACUUCUAUUGACAUGGAGCUGCUGCUUCGAGAAUGGCCGAAUGUACUAUCACUCUUGGGGGGCUUAAUUGUCAUCAAAACACUGAUUAUAACAGCUAUAGGUCCGCGUGUUGGACUCACUUUGCAAGAAAGUGUAAGAAUUGGUUUGCUAUUAUCACAGGGUGGAGAGUUUGCUUUUGUUGUCUUCUCUCUGGCUAACAGGUUGGGAGUGCUACCACUGGAGCUUAACAAGCUUCUUAUAAUUGUUGUUGUAUUGUCAAUGGCAUUAACCCCGUGGCUUAAUGACCUUGGAAGAAGAGCUGCUGAUUUUAUUGAAGACAAGUCUGAUACAGAAGAUAAAGGGGCUAUGCCAGUGAACUUUGAAGGCAGCGAACCGGUUGUCAUCCUUGGAUUUGGACAGAUGGGCCAGGUGUUGGCAAACUUAUUGGGCACUCCAUUAGCUUCAGCAGUAGAGGGAGACGCUAUGGCGGGAAUGCCUUAUGUAGCUUUCGAGCUGAACCCAUCUGUGGUGAAGGCGUCUAGAAAAAUUGGUUUCCCUAUUCUCUAUGGGGAUGGAUCGAGCCCUGAAGUGCUGCGAGCGGCAGGAAUCUCUUCACCUAAGGCUGUAAUGAUUACCUACACAGGCAAGAAGAAGACAAUUGAGGCUAUUCAGAAGCUCCGACUUGCCUUUCCUGGGAUCCCGAUAUACGCUAGAGCCCAAAAUAUCACGCAUCUUUUAGAUCUUAAAAAAGCUGGUGCUACGGAUGCAAUUCUAGAAAAUGCAGAGACAAGUUUACAACUUGGGUCUAAGCUCUUGAAAGGACUUGGAGUCAUGUCUGAUGACGUCAACUUUUUGAGCCAACUGGUCCGGGACUCCAUGGAGAUGCAAGCUCAAGAAGCGGCACUAAGAAAGACUGAUGAAUCAGACACGGAUAUCAUGAAGCCGCUUCAGGUGAGAGUUUCGGAUUCCAUUGCCGUCCAAGAGCCUGUGUCAUCGUUAUCAGGGGAGGAGAAACUCAUGUUGAGAACAGACGAGAAGGAUGAAAGCCAUGUCUUGAGGCUUGAAGGGAAAGCGGAGGAAAUGGCACGCAGUGGUAGUGACCGCCAACAAGAGGAUGUAUAA